GCGUUUGCCGUGUCCCGUAAGCCGUCGCGUAUGCUCGGGUUCAUUAUAAAGCACCCUGAUAUAACAUAUUGAUCUUGCAGUUUGGGUGAUCCAAUUCCGACCAAAGCCCGAAUUUAGAAUGCCGUGCGCCACUCCCCGUGCUCUUCCUUUGCGCGCUCGCUUGUUCUUGUUCUGCCUUGUCUGCUGUCCUUUCAUUCCCUCUGUUGCUCCUCUGUCCUUCAAUAUAACCAGCUUCGACACAGAUUUGAGAGACAUAUUGUAUGAGGGAGUCGCGACGGCCGCGUAUGGGUACAUCGUUCUCACCAUGGUCAAUCCUCCGCAUCGCUACCAGGUGGGCCGGAUUAAGUACGCCAACCCUGUCCGCAUAUGCGAUCCUCACACGGGGCGCCAAGCGGACUUCUCGACCAAUUUCUCGUUCACCAUCGAGAUUGGCUCUGCUCAAUACAGCGAUGGCCUGGCCUUUUUCCUCGCUCCUGUCGGGACCCCGAUCCCACCCAACUCGGCCGGUGGAUUCUUGGGAUUGUUCAACGCUAGCACGGCUAAUGAGGGGCAUCGGAACCGGAUCGUCAUGGUCGAGUUUGACACUUAUGUGAACCCGGAGUUUGAUCCCCCGAUGCAUCACAUAGGAAUCAAUAAGAACUAUCUCUCGUCCCUCGUUUCUAAGCCCUGGGAUCCCGUAUCGCACAGCGGGAAAGCGAUCCUUGUUCUUGUGACCUACAAUUCUACGAGCAAGAACCUCACCGUGCUCUGGUCAUUCGAUGGCAAACCGCCUUCCCAGGACAAGACCUAUCCCUCGCUUUCUUGGUUAAUCGAUCUUGCGAGUGUCCUUCCCGAAUCAGUAGAGAUCGGGUUUUCAGCUUCUACUGGCCUAUAUCAUGAGAGACACAGCAUCAAUUCCUGGGAGUUCACUUCGAAUUUGGACGACGUAGAUCCCCUGCUGCCGGAUAGAUCGCCGCCAAAGGGGGUGAACUCGAAACCUCGCCGGUUAAGGAUACUCGUCGUGGUUCCCGUGGCAUGUUUUUUACUGGUGAUCUCUGCAGGGUCUUGCUUUUUCGCGGUCAAGAGGAGUGAAAAGCAUGGUUACGGCACCCUUACCGACAUUGACAAAGAGAUCUGCGCAUUGCCUGCGAAGUUCACUUAUCAGGAGUUGCUCGCAGCGACCAACGGCUUCGCAGACGAUAGAAAGCUCGGCCGAGGUGGGUCUGGCCAAGUCUAUAAAGGGUUCUUGAGCCAUUCACACCGCCUGGUCGCCGUCAAAAGGAUCUUUGCGGAGUCCCGACACUCCGAGAAGGUCUUUGUCAAUGAGAUGAAGGUCAUAAGCCGAACGAUACACAGAAACCUGGUGCCGUUUGUCGGGUGGUGUCGAGAGGAAGGUGAGUUCUUGCUUGUCUACGAUUACAUGCCCAACGGCAGCCUCGAUCACCACCUCUUCGGGGCCCGGAGAAGACUGCCGUGGGACGUGCGGUACAGCGUGGCGCUCGGCCUCGCAUCCGCCCUCAACUACCUCCACGAGGAGCUCGAGCAAUGUGUGCUCCACCGCGACAUAAAGGCAGCCAACGUGCUGCUCGACACCAACUUUACCACCAAGCUUGGCGACUUCGGAGUGGCCAAGCUCGUUGACCCCUGGUUCAGGACUCAGACGACAGACGUGGUCGGGACUUGCGGGUAUCUAGCGCCCGAGUACUUCAUCGGAGGGAAGGCCACGAAGGAGUCCGACAUGUUCAGCUUCGGCAUUGUGGCCCUGGAGAUCGCAUGUGGCCGGAGGAGCUACGAGGACGGAGAGAUCCGAGUCCCGCUGCACAAAUGGGUCUGGCAACUCUACCUCACCAGCAACAUCCUCGGCGCGGCCGAUGAAGCGAUGUGCUCGGGGUUCCGGAGGGAGGAGGUGGAGUGCCUGAUGAUGGUGGGGCUGUGGUGUGUGCACCCAGACCCUGCGAGACGGCCAAGGGCAGGGCAAGUGAUCAGGUUCCUCCGGCUCGAGGACUCGGUCCCAGAGCUCCCACGCGGCGCUUUCGACAACCCAGUUUCGUAUCGGCCAUCGGCUUCGCAGUUAGGAAUGAUGGAAUCUCCAUCUGCUCCUAUCCAAGAAUCUGUCUAUUAAGUAAGACAAAUCCUGCCUCCUAAAGUCAUGCAGCAACACAUGUCGACUUAAUCUGCACAUACUUCUUCAUACGCUUUACUUCGGUUACAAUCUCUUUUGCCUUGCCCAAAUCGGAGGCUGGAGCUCGAGUACAUCACGGGGACUUAUGAGACUGCUUCGGAGGAGUGUAGGCUCUUUCCGCCGGAUAGUCGGAGAGACGAUGUACUUGACAAUGUACACGUUCAUUCAUAGCUCCGCCACUGCUGCUGUUGGAGAUAAUUAGGGAUUUCUCAAGGAUAAUUUUCUAUGUUAGAGGUAUUUGAUAAUUAUCUCGAUCCUAUGUUAUCUCUUUCAAGAUCGCACGUACGUCUCCCUUUGAUUAUGCA